AUGUAUGAACCUCAAGCAACUCUGUUCGGCCCCCUGAGGAAGAUUUCCAGCAGGCUGAAGAGGAAAACGCGGAAGAUGGAAGUGGAGGGAAAGGAAAUCAAACGUGACACGUUUCACUUUGACCAUGAAGUCCACUUUCUGCUCCGUAGGGGGAAGUUCGCUGUGGUGAAGCGCUGCGUGGAGAAGACCACGGGCAAAGCGUUUGCCGCCAAGUUCCUGCGGAAGAGGAGGCGAGGUCGCGACUGCCGGGCCGAAGUCAUUCACGAGAUGGCCGUCCUGGAGAUGGCCCGCAACAACGCCCGCAUCGUCAACCUGCACGCCGCUUACGAGACGGAUCACGACAUCGUCUUAGUGCUGGAGUACGCGGCGGGCGGAGAGAUAUUUGACCACUGUGUGUCUGAGGAGCUGCUGCACGAGGCCCAGAUCACCCGUCUGAUCCGGCAAACACUGGAGGGAGUCCACCACCUCCACCAGAGUAACCUGGUCCACUUAGACCUGAAGCCGCAGAACAUUCUCCUCACCAGCCUGUCGCCUCCAGGAGACAUAAAGAUCGUAGACUUUGGUCUGGCACGCAGGCUGGGUGCGGUGGGAGAGCUCAGAGAGAUACUUGGCACACCUGAAUAUGUGGCGCCGGAGAUCCUGAAUUAUGAGCCGAUCACAACAGCGACUGACCUAUGGUGAGUCCGUGUGUCCAGGAGUGUUUCAAGUAUUUGUUGAGGUUAUUCGAAAAGACAACGCGUCUCAAAACGAGCAGAAAACAAGAUAAAACCGGCUGUGGAAACAAACCACAGAGAGACAUUGAACCCUGAUUUCCUGAGUUUUCUGUUUUCUGUCCCCCGCAGGGACCGGCCCAGCGCUGCAGAGUGUAUGAGCCACCCCUGGCUGUGGCAGCAGUUCUGUCUGAGCCCGGACCCCGCCGCCACCCGCACCCCCCGCGAAAGGAGCUGCGGCACCAAGUGGACCGCCCCGCCCGAAGACCCCGAAGACAAGGAGAACUUCCUGGACUCGCCCCACUCGCACGCAAAAAGGUUUCGCUUCGACGAGGAGCGGCCCGCUGCUGGAGACGGCGACUUUUGAAAAAGUCCGAUUUAAAAAAGAAAAAGGGGGGAGGAAUUGAAGUGUGAGGCAGGAGUGCCCGCUCCUUCCUCGGAGCUUUUAAAUUCUUUUAAGCCUCCAGAAAAACCAGCCGCCCAAAAGUGCUUUGGUUGUGUUUAUAUUCCACUAAUUAGAUCGACCACUCAAACCAAAGAUAACCAGCUAAAUUUUGAAAUCUUACCACUGAUCCGUCGCCUUUAAAGAGUGUGAGGGUUGUACAGAAUGUCUCAGUUAAUGCGGUGUGUUUAACCUAAAGUAUUUAAUACGUGUGUUAAAACCUCUGGUGUUCUCAGAGGGCUGCAUGCCGCUCUGCUGUACUGACGAAGGUUAGUGCGGAGUAUUUCUAUGCAACACUUCUCUCACGCAUUUUAACCCCAUUUCCUCCAGAAACCUUAAAGAAGUUCAUCUCUCUGCCUUAAAGUCGGAAGCGAAGUGUUCUUCGUCACCAGCUGUUUCCAUUUCACUGCAGUAAUGUGUGAUACAGAGAGAAACACCUCUGCAAUGAGGAAGUGUGAUAACGUCCGUAUUUGCAUGCAAAAGCUGAACAGCAGCUUUAUGGGAAACCGGGCUUUAGACUCUUUAGACUUUGGGUUCUGUGUUUCUGUUUUUAACUGAGAGUUGAUAAAACACGCUGCUGUCUGUGUCACCGCUCGAGCUCUUGCUACACGCAGGACUGCUGUAUUUGAUGCCCCGAGCUGCACUUUGACUUUAAAAAACGAGCAGCAGAAGAGCAGAAUUACACACGGGCGUAUUACAUUCCUCGUGAGUCUAACGUCUGCAAUACAUUUAGCUCAGGGUCUUAGAUGAAACUCCUUUAGUCCCCAUUUAGCGUCAGUGUUUGUAUUCGUCAGCGAGCAACAAGAUAGAAACUGUAGCGGCUCAGAGAAGGUGUGACUCAUGUGGCUCACACACCACACCCGCACUUACUCAAAGGAUUUCCUCACCGGGCUGCCAGUUCCUCUUUGUUGGAGAGAAACACGACUUUAGCACUUACUUCACAAAGCACACGCACCGAACCGAUAAGCAGAACUAUUUAUUGUGUAGUUUGAGCGGUUCGCUGUCUUUCGGCCCCUCACCAAAGCCAUCCAGUAAACGCUGUUCCUCUUGGGUCAGGGUGCCUGAAGUGAUCUAUUCCUGUUGUCUUCAUCUCAGGGCAUGCUGCUCACUCUCUGCUCACUCUGUUGUGUAUUCUUAAUGUUAUUCUUAUAGGCCUAUUAUUAUUAUUUAUGUGCUGGACUUAUACUUUAUAUUUUUAUGUAAAUAAUGUGCUCGCGUGUCUUAUGAGGAAGUGCGAUUAUGCUGGGAGAUUUAGGAUGAUUAAGGUGUUAUUUAAAAGUCGUGGUUACUGUGUAAUGAGUAAUAGGUGGAAAUGUUGGGCUGCAGCGGAUUGGGGAGGCGAGGAUUAGAGUUGAGGUGGUACUGGGAAGUAAAGCAAACGUGGACAAGGAGAUGAGUCAGGUGGUUUUAGGGAGGAGGAAGACGAUUAAAUGCUUUGAUGGAUUUGGAAACGGAGUUUAAAGGAACCGGUUGAUGUUCUCCUUUAAAGCUCAGAUGUUGAGUGUUCAGAUAUGUAGGUGUGAAAGGCUCUUUAGGUGCAGAGAAAGUGGGGAUGACGAUGAUUUCCGUGUAGUUUUAGAAAGAGAGAGUUUGUCCCAAGACGCUGACAGAACCGCUGUAUAAUGUGAAACACGAGGUGCUAUCGAUUCACAGGAUUUGCCAUCUUUUGUUCGAGCGAGAGACUCGAACGAAAACACCUCACCUCUCCUAGAAGUGCGGAUUCUGAUCGCCCGUCACCUCCAGUGAAACAUUCCUCUUUUUGUUCUGAGGUGCCAAACGGAAAAAGACCACAUUGUGUUUAUGUUUGUUGUUGUCACCGGCUGGUACAAUGGCCUUUGUGUCGGAGCUGGGCGUCCCCAGCCACGGCCAUGCUCUCAUCUGUAUGCUGUCAUCCUUUAAAACUGGAGCAACACACUGUAAAAAGGUUUUCAUCUCAGAUUAAUCUCAGAGAGUUGGCAGAUUCUACUUGAGCUCGCUGUAAGAACUUUUCUCCAAACUUGAAUAAGCUUGAAUCUUACUUCAUCUCAAGUCUACUCUGCUUUUUCCUCAGCCCCUCCAGGAUUUCACAGGCUUCAUGGCAGCUCUUCUAAAACAUUGUGAUGCAUGUUGUGAUAUUUUUAAGCCAUUUUGUUUCAAUGAAACUGCAAAAGAAAGUGAAAACUUA